AUGAAGAGGAUAGGAAAGAUCUGGAAGGAAUCAAGGCACCACUUGUAUCAUAGGUGUUACAAAGAAAUAAGGACUUAUGAAGAAAAUCUUAAGCAUCACCCAAAAGGAAUAGAAGAAAAUGAAUGGAAAAAGUUCAUUGACUAUCGCCAGAAGGAAGAAACAAAGGAGAAAGAUCAAGGAAGGCCCGUUGGUAGAGGAGAGUUGUUUAUCAUGACUCAUAAGAAAAAAGAUGGCUCGUAUAUCCAUCCUGAUGCGCGUGUUGUUAGUGAAGCAAUUGCGAAUAUUGAGAGGCAGGAUGGAUCCUCUAAGCACCUUUCACAAAAUGAUUCGCUAGCACAAAUUUUCGGAAAGGAGCACCCAAGACGAGUUCGUGCCCUUGGUGCUGGACCAUGUCCCACCCAAGUCUUUGAUAACGCUGUUAGACAACCGUCGGGUUUUGCAGAGCCCAAUGAAGAGUACGAAAGAAGGAUUGCAGAAUUGACGCCUAAGCUAGAAGAAGAGCAGGCGAAGAGAUAG